AACUUCCGAGUCACCCCAACUUCCGGGGCGAGGGUCAGGGGUCAGGCUAGGAACUUUGAGCCUGGGGUCAACAGUUGGGCUCCCGGGGGUCGAGGGCUUUGAAGUGGGGGCCUCACGGUCUCCGGCGGCGCUGGGCCGGGGUUUCUGGGCACGCGGCUGCAGGGCACGGGCGGGUCGGGGCGCGGGCCGGGGGCGCGGGCCGGGGCGGGCGGCGGGGCCGCGGCGGGCGCGGGGCGCAGGAAUGCGGGCGCGCCGCGGGUGGGGCCGCUCCGCCCCCAGGUGCUGCCCGGGCAGGCAGGAGGCAGGAGCGACGGGCGGGGCGGGGGCGGGCGCGUGAAUCAGGCCGGGCGGGCCGCGGCAGGGAGUGGCUGCUGGACCGACCGGACCGCGAGGCCGCUGGGCGGCGGUCGGCUCCUGCUGCCCCUGUGCCGAGACCCCGCGCACCUGGCCAGGUAGGGCCCCCCUCCCCCGGCCCGGGCGGGGCGAGGCGGGGGCGGACGCCCCUCGGUGCGGUCCCACCUGGGCUACCCUCGCGCCUGCACCUGGGCCGGGGCCGCGCGACCCAGAGAGGGGCGGUGGGAGUGGAGCGCGGCCGCGUGCGCGGGGCCGGGUCGGCGGGGCAGCUCGGACAGGGGGCGCCGCUGUGCGGAUGUGGGCGCGAGCGCCCUCGCACGACGGCGGCCCGAGAAGAGCCGAGUGGGAAGCGGCCCGGGAUCUGGGUCGAGCCUGCCUGGCCGUCCGGACUCGCUGCCGCCCUCGCGGCCUAGCUGGAGUCUGGGUGCUGGGCACGGCCUGGACCCUUCCCUGGGGACGCCCGCCCGGGCCGCCGUGGACUGGGGUGGCCAGGGUGCGGCCUGGAUCCCCGCGUGGCAAGCAGGGCGAGUGACGGGAGGGCUGCCUUUAGCGCCCACGUUCCAAGGCUGGGGUGGGUGGAUGGGGCACCCAGUCGCCGCAGCCGCGAGCUCGUAGGGUGCACUGACCCCGUUGGCGGCUGGGGUGCCCACCCCGCAAGCUAUCACUGAGCGACUUCCGGUCUGUGAGCCCUGUCCUCCGCACCUCACCUUUCCACCGCCUAGAGCCUCCGCGCCCUCCUGCGCCUAUCGGAACUUGGCACAGGCUCACCCCACUUUGUGUAGGAACUCCGGAUCCUUCCAUGGGGUCCUCCUUCCAGAUACUCAGGAACCCCACUUCCUGCCAGGGUGGAGAGGAUGGGGUCCUUGAAGGCCAGCUGAGGGCCCUGACUUCGAGUCAGGGGUCAGGGGUCAGCACCAGAAAAGUGGAUUCGUGCUGAGUCAUUGGCCAUGAGUGGGUUCCGCGCCCUCCCUCCCUUGGGCAGGCGUUUGGUAGGCAAAUGUGUGGGCAUGGAGGCCACUGGGGUGCUCCAUCUCCGGCUUGGGAGUGUCUGCGGCCCCGUCCAUAGCCCGGGAGACACGUACCCAUGAAAGGAUACCAUGUGAGGAAUGAAGCCAUUGGAGACCCCUGGCCCCAACAUGGCCCGUCGCUCCCAGAGCUCCUCGCAGGGGGACAACCCGCUGGCACCCGGGUACCUGCCGCCUCACUACAAAGAGUACUACCGCCUGGCGGUGGAUGCACUGGCCGAGGGUGGCUCGGAGGCCUACAGCCGCUUCCUGGCGACUGAGGGGGCACCGGACUUCCUGUGCCCUGAAGAGCUGGAACAUGUGAGCCGACACCUUCGGCCUCCACAGUAUGUUACCCGAGAGCCACCUGAAGGCAGCCUUCUCGACGUGGACAUGGAUGGCUCCUCAGGUACAUACUGGCCAGUGAACUCAGACCAGGCCGUGCCUGAGCUUGACCUGGGCUGGCCUCUGACCUUCGGCUUCCAGGGCACCGAGGUGACCACCUUGGUGCAGCCGCCACCUCCUGACAGCCCCAGCAUCAAGGAUGAGGCCCGUAGGAUGAUCCGUUCCGCCCAGCAGGUGGUGGCUGUGGUGAUGGACAUGUUCACUGAUGUGGACCUGCUCAGUGAAGUGCUGGAGGCCGCCGCCCGUCGCGUCCCAGUCUACAUCCUGCUGGAUGAGAUGAACGCGCAGCACUUCCUGGACAUGGCCGACAAGUGCCGUGUCAACCUGCACCACGUGGAUUUCCUGCGGGUACGGACUGUGGCGGGCCCCACCUACUACUGCCGCACUGGGAAGUCCUUCAAGGGCCACGUCAAGGAGAAGUUCCUGCUGGUGGACUGUGCCGUGGUGAUGAGUGGGAGCUACAGCUUCAUGUGGUCCUUUGAGAAGAUCCACCGCAGCCUGGCACACGUGUUCCAAGGAGAGCUGGUCUCCAGCUUCGAUGAGGAGUUCCGCAUCCUCUUCGCGCAGUCCGAGCCGCUUGUGCCCUCGGCCGCGGCCCUGGCCCGCAUGGAUGCCUAUGCCCUGGCUCCGUAUGCCGGGGCCGGGCCCCUCGUGGGCGUCCCUGGGGUCGGGGCGCCAACCCCUUUCUCCUUCCCGAAACGAGCACACCUCCUGUUCCCGCCACCCCGGGAAGAGGGCCUGGGCUUCCCCUCCUUCCUCGACCCGGACCGCCACUUCCUGUCGGCCUUCCGCCGGGAGGAGCCUCCGCGGAUGCCGGGGGGCGCGCUGGAGCCGCACGCGGGUCUGCGGCCGCUCUCGCGGCGCCUGGAGGCCGAGGCCGGGCCGGCUGGGGAGCUCGCGGGCGCGCGGGGCUUCUUCCAGGCGCGGCACCUGGAGAUGGACGCCUUCAAGCGGCACAGCUUCGCGACCGAGGGCGCCGGCGCCGGGGAGAACUUCGCGGCCGCGCGGCAGGUGUCGCGGCAGACGUUCCUCAGCCACGGCGACGACUUCCGCUUCCAGACCAGCCACUUCCACCGCGACCAGCUCUACCAGCAGCAGUACCAGUGGGACCCGCAGCUCGCGCCCGCGCGCCCGCAGGGCCUGUUCGAGAAGCUUCGCGGCGGCCGCGCGGGUUUCGCGGACCCGGAUGACUUCCCCUUGGGCGCCGGGCCCCGCUUCCCGGAGCUCGGACCCGACGGGCACCAGCGGCUGGACUACGUGCCGUCCAGCGCGUCCCGCGAGGUGCGCCACGGCUCGGACCCCGCCUUCGGGCCCGGACCCCGUGGCCUGGAGCCCAGCGGGGCCCCGCGCCCCAACCUGACCCAGCGCUUCCCAUGCCAGGCGGCGGCGAGGCCUGGCCCAGACUCCGCUCCCGAGGCGGAGCCGGAGCGCAGGGGCGGGCCCGAGGGGCGGGCCGGGCUGCGGCGCUGGCGCCUGGCCUCCUACUUGAGCGGAUGCCAUGGCGAGGAUGGGGGCGACGACGGCCUGCCGGCGCCCAUGGAAGCGGAGGCUUACGAAGACGACGUGCUGGCUCCCGGGGGCCGGGCAGCUGCCGGCGACCUGCUCCCCUCAGCCUUCCGCGUCCCUGCAGCCUUCCCCACGAUGGUCCCGGUGCCAGGCUCGGGCAGCGGCGGCAACGGCCCAGAGCGCGAGGGCCCGGAGGAGCCCGGCCUGGCCAAGCAGGACUCAUUCCGCUCGCGCCUGAACCCCCUGGUCCAGCGCAGCUCCAGGCUGCGCUCCUCGCUCAUCUUCAGCACGUCACAGGCUGAGGGCGCAGCCGGGACUGCGGCGGCCACAGAGAAGGUGCAGCUGCUGCACAAGGAGCAGACGGUCAGCGAGACGCUGGGGCCCGGAGGAGAGGCCGUGCGCUCCGCGGCUUCCACCAAGGUGGCGGAGCUGCUGGAGAAGUACAAAGGCCCAGCCCGCGAUUCCGGCGGUGGCGUGGGCGCCAUCACCGUUGCCAACCACAGCAAGACCGUCGUGUCCCAGGCGUGGCGGGAAGAGGUGGCAGCCUCAGGUGGCGUGGGUGGCGAGCGCCGCAGCCUCGAGAGCUGCCUCCUGGACCUGCGCGACUCCUUUGCGCAGCAACUGCACCAGGAGGCGGAGCGGCAGCCGGGAGCCGCCUCGCUCACCGCGGCGCAGCUGCUCGACACGCUGGGCCGGAGCGGCUCCGACCGCCUGCCCUCCCGCUUCCUCUCUGCCCAGGGCCGCUCAACCUCCCCGGAAGGGCUGGACAGCCCUCUGCCCCUGGAAGGGCCCGGGGCGCACCAGGUGCUCCAUAAUGAGCCAAAAGGGAGCCCCACCUCGGCUUACCCUGAGCGGAAGGAGAGCCCCACGCCCGGGUUUUCCACUCGAAAAGGAAGUCCAACUACAGGAUUUAUUGAGCAGAGGGGGAGCCCCACCUCAGCCUACCCCGAGCGCAGGGGCAGUCCGGUGCCCCCGGUGCCGGAGCGCAGGGGCAGUCCGGUGCCCCCGGUGCCGGAGCGCAGGGGCAGUCCGGUGCCCCCCGUGCCGGAGCGCAGGGGCAGUCCGGUGCCUCCCGUGCCGGAACGCAGGGGCAGCCUCACUCUUACCUUCUCCGGGGAGUCCCCGAAGGCCGGUCCCGUGGAGGAGGGGCCAAGCGGCCCCAUGGAAGUCCUGCGCAAAGGCUCCCUGCGCCUUAGGCAGCUGCUGAGCCCCAAGGGCGAGCGGCGCAUGGAGGAUGAGGGUGGCUUCCCAGUGCCGCAGGAGAACGGGCAACCUGAGAGCCCACGGCGGCCGUCACUGGGCCGGGGUGACAGUACAGAGGCUGCCACAGGAGAUGAGCGGGGCCCGCGGGCGCGCCUGACUUCAGCCACGGCCAAUGCCUUGUACAGCAGCAACCUUCGGGAUGACACGAAGGCCAUUCUGGAGCAGAUCAGCGCCCACGGCCAGAAGCACCGUGCGGUCCCUGCCCCGGGCCCUGGCCCUUCGCACAGCAGCCCCGAGCUAGGCCGUCCACCGGCUGCUGGCGGCCUGGCCCCGGAUAUGUCCGACAAGGACAAGUGUUCAGCCAUUUUCCGCUCGGACAGCCUAGGGACCCAGGGCCGGCUGAGCCGCACGCUGCCAGCCAGCGCGGAGGAGCGCGAUCGGCUGUUGCGCCGCAUGGAGAGCAUGCGCAAGGAGAAGCGCGUGUACAGCCGCUUUGAGGUCUUCUGCAAGAAAGAGGAGGCCAGUGGCCCUGGGGCAGGGGAAGGCCCCGCGGAGGAGGGCACCAGGGACAGCAAGGUGGGCAAGUUCGUGCCCAAGAUCCUGGGGACGUUCAAAGGCAAGAAGUGAGUCUCCUGGUCACCCAGAGCCCCCACGGAACAGAGAGUCCUACGCAUGGGUUUGAGCAGAGGCCGUCAGGCCAUAGCCACUUGGGGCUUGGCUGAGUGCGCCAGACCUCAGCUCCACUGGAGGCUCACCUGGCAGCUGCUGUCUCUGCCUCUGGCCUCCCCAACGCUGGGGCUCCAGCCCCUUGCCACCAGUGCCUUUCUCCCGUCAGCACCUUCUCUCUUCAGCACCUUCUCUGCACCGUCAGCCUUGCGUGGCGCAGCGUCUGGCUCCACCAUCUCUUUGUGCCUCAGUCCCCCCCACCUUUUUUUUUUUUUUUUUUUGAGACCCAGGGCUGGAAUGCAGUUGAGUGGUCUCGGCUCACUGCAACCUCUGCCUCCUGGGUUCCUGCGAUUCACCUGCCUCAGUCUCCUGAGUAGCUGGGAUUACAGGUGCCUGCCACCAAGCCCAGGUAAUUUCUGUAUUUUUAGCAGAGACAGGGUUUCACUAUGUUGGCCAGGCUGGUCUCCAGCUCCUGGCCUCAAAUGAUCCGCCCGCCUCAUCCUCCCAAAGUGGGGGGAUUACAGGCAUGAGCCGCGCACCCUGCUAAGUCUAUCCUCUUGCAAGGGCCUCACCUCUGUGCCUCAAUUUCCCAUUCUCUGGGCCCUUUUCCUCCUCAGGGCCUCCUAUUCUCAGGGCCUCUCCCCUCCCUCCCUCCCUUCUCCCUCUCUCAGGGUCUUCUCCCUUCCUCCCCCCCCCACCCCCACCCAGGGUCUCCCCCGUCCUCAGGGCUUCACUUCCUUUUCUACUUGGAUUCUCUGGCUCGCUGCCUCCCAGCAUCUUUUUCAGAGGCCCGUCCUCUUGCUGUGGGGGAAGACUGGGCUGGCUGUGGGCAGUUUGCAAGGGCGGGGGGUGAAGCUGCACCAGAAGAUGCCCCUUGGAGUGGCAAGGAAGCUGGACAAGGCAGGCCACUGGGAAGGGGGUGUAGGGAAGCCCAGAGGUCCGCCUUGGCCAGGUCUGCCGUCUCCUCCAGCAAGGCUCUAGCCAGCACUGGGUGAGAGUGGGAGGGGCACUGGGCUUGGCAGCACAAUAAAACAUGGUCUGGACAACCUGUAGCCCUGGCCUCGUGAGCACCCCCUGCACAGGCCCAGCCCAAGCCAGGUGCCAGAAGGGCUGGAUUUGGGGGGGCUUAUCCUUGACAGGUAUGGGACCAGGUGAGGGCAGGGGACAAGGUGCAGCCCAGGCCAAGCCCAGCUGUUUAGACAUAGGUCCUGGGCACCCCUGCAGGUGGGAGUGGUCCUUGCCCUCCUGGUAUCCAGCAGACACCCCCCUCCAACCCCAUUCUCAGGUCCUUUCCUCUUUGUCACCAACACUGAGAAUCUGUCUAGAGUUCCUGGCUUAUCUUGUAUCUCUUUUUACCCCCAGAGAGGAAUUGCAAUUGACUCAGAAUGACACAUUUUGGCACCACAUAUGUAGAAAGCCCCCACUGUUAGAUGCUAGCCUUGUGAAAUUCAUGUUUCUGUAUUCUAUUUCUUUUCAAAAAAUAAUUUUUUUAGUGUAAUAAAUCCUAAGAGGGAACUGAUUUAAGAAACAAGGCCGCCAAACAAAGGCAGCAGUUCUGACUCCAGCAGCUGGGAAAGGGAAGUGACCCCACUCUCACUGCUGGACAGCCCCCUGGUGACCAAAGCCACCACCCAUGUAGGGAUGACAGCAGGGACUUCUGGCCAGGUGGCAAAGGUGCCUGGAAGUGGGAUGCACCUGAGCGUCUCUUGGCCAUGAUGUUCUUGUGGGCACAUCUGUGUGUGUGCUGCCUGGGGUGUCGCUGAGCAGACAGGCUCUCCAACUGGAGCCCAUGGAGAGGCCAGAGGCUGGCGGCCCUGCCUGGGCCUUUGGAGCCUCCUGCCUGCACCCUCCACAUCUUCUAAACCAUGAUGUAGCGCAUUUCGGUGUUAAUAAAACGUAACACACAAAAUA